AGUGUGGCGGCCCGCGGGAUAUCUGUGCCCCCCUUGGGGUAUUUGUGACUGAUGGUGGGUGUGUGAGCCCCACAGGCACCGGUGACCCCAGGGAGGGGGUAUCUGUGAUGCUGAUGGGGUACCUGCUCCUUUGGGGGCAUCUGGCAUCUGUGAGGGGGUAACUUCCCCCCCCUCAGGGCAUCUGCAAUACCUGAGGGGUUCUUGCCUCCACCCCGUGGCCAUCUGUGACCCCACAGCGGGUACCUGUCCCUGCCAGCAGCAUCUCUUACCCACUGUGGUGCUCCCCCCAGUCACCCACAGGGACCCUGUGGUGUUGGGGGGCCGGGUACUGCCCCUCGUGCUGGUGUCAGCGAGUCAGGCCACCUCCCACAGGAGGGAAAGGAAAACAGCCCUAAGUGGAUUUUGGCUGGCGCUGGCCCCAGCCCGGCGCCGGGAAGAUGAAUCCCAGCUGCACGUGGGGCUGCUGAGGGGCCGGGAUGGGCACGGGUGUCAGUCCAGGACACAGUGGGGUGCCCGGGCGGGGUGCACUGUCCCCUCCGCGCCCUCAGUGCUGCCCAAUCCGCUGCAUUCCCGCGUCCCGUGAUCAGCGGCCACGGGUUCUGCUGCACCACGACCUUUGAGAUGAGCUGUGCUCGUCCCACGGCACCUGGAGCCCAGCUGCCCCCCAGAGCUGCCAUCCUGACCUGCUGUCGCCCCGGCAGAGCGAUGGCAGCGGUGUUGGCUCUGCUGGUGGCCUGGCCAGCUGCUGCCGCAGCAGUGAGGGUGACACAGGACUCGCUGCUCAACGUCUGCAUGGAUGCCAAGCACCACAAAACAGAGCCUGGCCCUGAGGGGCAGCUCUACGGGCAGUGUGUCCUCUGGAAGGACAAUGCCUGCUGCACUGCCAACACCAGUCUGGAAGCUCACCGGGACCAGUCCUACCUGUACAACUUCAACUGGGACCACUGUGGGGCCAUGCCAGAGAAGUGCAAGCGCCACUUCAUCCAGGACACGUGUCUCUAUGAGUGUUCCCCUAACCUGGGGCCAUGGAUCGACCAGGCAGACACCAGCUGGCGGAAGGAGCGGAUCCGGGAUGUGCCACUGUGCCAGGAGGACUGUGAGCAGUGGUGGGAAGAUUGCCAGGAUGCUGUCACCUGCAAGGUCAACUGGCACAAGGGCUGGAACUGGACUACAGGCACCAACCAGUGUCCCAAGGGUGCCAUGUGCCAGAAGUUCAGGUUCGUGUUCCCCACGGCGGCUGCGCUCUGCGAGCAGGUCUGGUCCGGCUCCUACCGCUACACAUCCCACCACCGUGGCAGCGGUCACUGCAUCCAGAUGUGGUUCGAUCCCACGCAGGGGAACCCCAAUGUUGCUGUCGCCCAGUAUUACGCCCGUGGCGAUGCUCCCCCAAACUCCCCGCUCUCUGUCCUGCUGUCCCUGCUGCCCCUCACCCUCCUGGCCCUGCUCUGAGCAGGAGGGGCUGCAGGCAGGAGCCGGCAGUAGAUGGUCGGGGGUCCACAGGCUGCCUUGUGCCUCCUCAUGGGACGUCCCCAAGCUGUGUCCCCCUUCGAGGCGUGUGGCUCAUGAAUAAAUGCUCCUGCCCUGCUUGGU